CUGAAGCCUGCCACAGAAAACAAAACAUGGAUGGUGUUUAAUUAGUAGUUAUUUGUAUUUGCGCACGAUCUGGAGGACGUUUCUGGUAAUAAUUAGUUGUUUAGAGCUGGAUUAAAUAUUUAAGAUUAAAAACCUGCCGGAAAAUACAUUAGAAAAGAGUGUGAGAUAGGUAGUUUGAGCUUCAAACCAGAUUAUGGAGUCUUGGAAAAGUCACGUGCGAGCAGAGCUGUAUAACAGAGACUGCAGGCAGAAAGAUUCUUUCUCGGGACUCUUUGACAAGGUUGCUAAUUUGGAGGAGAUGCUGGACUUUCACAUUAAACUCUGGGAGGACACUUGCAGUUCUAAAGAAGAUGGAAGAUCUGUGACAAGUGGUACCCUUUACCUGCGAGUGAAUGAAGUAGAGUUUUUAAAUGAGCAGAUGAAGCAGAGAGCCUCAGAACUGACCAGCAGUCUAUACCUGAAGGAGGCGGAGUUACAAUAUUGUCACUCCCAAGUUGCCCGCUACAGGACUGAAGCGGUCCUGUUGGCCCAGGGAGCUUGUUCACUGAAGGCUGAUCUAGAAGAAUAUGAGUAUAAACUGGAGUGUCAAUCAAAAGAACUGACAGUGCUGAGACUGGAGCACAGGGCAUUGAGGGAGGAGCUCACUGCCGCAAACCUACAGAAGGAGCAGCUACUAGACCGCUGGUUAGAGGAGAAAAAACAGGAGGCAGAGAGGAUUAAUAGGCACAAUGCAAUACAAGAAAGAUGGCAGCGUCUGGCUGGUCGACUGAAGAGGCGUCCCCGCGGCGGAUCUCGUCCACCAUAUCCACACAUUACCUCAGAUAUCAAACCCACAGAUGCUAAAGAUCAGCUCCCUCCUUAAGACAUACUUUUACAGACCUUUUCUUGUAAAUGUAAUUUUAUGCUGUUUUUGAAGAGUUCUCUUCACUCUAGGUAAAUGUUUUAGUAUAAGGAUUUCAUAAAUUAGAGAAUAGAGAAAAACGGACCUGAGG